AUGGAUGGCGCUCUGGAUGGGAGAGGACCUCGUUUAAGGAGCGCCGCAGACGGCGAUGAAAGGCGGCGGGCGAAGGACGACUCCACGAUCACGGAGAAGGUCUUCAGCUCGCCGCUUCAAAGCGACUUGGGCCGGCGGGGUUGCUCUGAGGGGUGACGAGGAGAAAAUAAAAUCCUCUCAACAAGCAGCCAACACUUACACACACACACACACUAACACACACACUCACACACACACACGUACACACGCUCACACACACACGUACACACACUUUGAAGGAGGGCAGGUGGUGCUGAUGAAUAUUCAGACGGAGAGUCGGCGCCUGGCUGCCAAACUAACCGCCUGUUUGCUUUCUGUCACCUUCCAACUUCUGAUAGAUUUGUUCUUCCUCCCGCAGGAUCAGUGUGUGUGUGUGUGUGUGUGUGUGUGUGUGUGUGUGUGUGUGUGUGUGUGUGUGUGUGUGUGUUUCAGAGCCACACACAGGUUCAGGUGAGGCUCAGGUCAGCCACAGGUCACCUGGACCUGAACCAGACAUCCUGAAUAUCUUUGACCUAAAUCCAGCGGAUUGGACUUAGGCUAAACGUCCCAAGUAAGUCCAACUGUCCUUUCAACGUAGAGCUGGAAAUCAUAGAUGCUGCAUCCUCAGUUUUAGACAAUAUCUCCAGAUUUAGGAGCAACAUCUACGUCCAUCCAGCUGAGGAGUCCGGCGAUCCUCAGAGGAACGGAAAGAAGUCGGUGUAAAUCGACACGUUAACUUGAAUGGUUACGAUCAGCUACGAUCGGAGGAUACGACCUUUUAGGAGACGAUCAGGAUGAAGGUGGAGAUCGGGGGGUUAUAAGGACCAGGAGCACAACCCUCAGGACAGUUUCCUGUUUCUACUAAGGAACAUGGAGAACAUGGAGAACAUGGAGAACAGGUCCAGGUGAGAUCAUCCUGAUCCGCUCAUCCUGUCCAGAUAUAAAAACAUCAGAUCUGCAGUCAGGUUCAUGGUGGGCCUCCUCUGCUCAGGAGCUCCUCUCUCUGCUGCUCAGAGCUGAGCUGUGCUCUCUAAUCCUGACUCUGAAUCCUGACCACACACACACACACACACACACACACACACACACACACACACACACACACACACACACACACACACACACACACACACACACACUGGCCUGGUACCUGAGGCAGUCAGAGACCUGGUCUAUAUUAGAGGAUUUACGGUAAUUCUGUUGGAACAUUUUGAACAAACAUGAUAACAGUCAUGAAAUCUACAUCUACAGGAUUCAGAACAUCCACAGAUUUCUCCACCAGAGAGCUGCAGGCGUCUGAGAUGUUUCACUUAAACACUGAAAUAAGUGUCCAACACUACAGACUCAGACCUCCUCCUCCCACAGACGCUCCCCUCUGCUCCUCUCCGCUCCUCUCUGCUCCCCUCUGCUCCUCUCUACUCCUCAGGUUCAUCUCUCCUCCGUUAAAUCUCUCCCCGGAGGAGCGUCCUGUUGCUCCUCAGAGAUGCUCGCUGCUUCCCACGUUCCUCACAUCCUCCGUGGAGCGGUCGAGCUCUGACAGACCAGCUGCUGCUGCAGGACCGCCGACCACACUGAGCGCAGCAGGCCACCGUACCCACGCCAUCUGUGAGGAGCGAGGUGAGCCGCUCCAGAGAUUACAGCGGAUUUUAGACCAACUGAAGGUAAAACACACUUUUUAUAACAGCAACAUGAAGACAGAGAUCAAGAUCUGUGUGACUGAACAGGUACGAAAAAAGAGACAUAAUCUGGGAUUGAGACCAUGAUACAGUCCUCAAUCUGACGUAAACAGGUGAGUUUAAUCCUUAAUCUGAUAUUAACAAGUGAGUUUAAUCCUUAAUCUGAUGGAAACAGGUAAAUUCAGUCAUUAAUCUGAUAUUAACAGGUGAGUUUAAUCCUUAAUCUGAUAUUAACAGGUGAGUUUAAUGAGUUUUAAUGAUCAGAAACAUUUAUUUGUUUUAUGCUGUUAACACGUUUUUUAUAUAUUCAUUUUAUUGUAAAGUUGGUCAUUUUAACAUGGAGCUCUAUGGGGACUGGCUCACUACAGGACACGGCCCCGGUGGACACUAGAGGAACUGCAGUUGUUCAGAUGUUCUUCUUUAUGAGAUGUUUCUACUUGAUCCUCAGAUGAUUCAGUUUUUAUCAGUUUUUUUUAACAGACAUGUCUCUGCUGUUACACACACACACACACACACACACACACACACACACACGCAGUAAUCCAGCUGCUGAGCAUUAGCGUUUGUGGUUUACGGUCGUCCUGUUAAAGAGCAGCGUGUUGUGUCGGUGCAGAAUCAUUCAGACUGACGUGUUUACGGUGGAGGUGACGGCGUGUGCAGCAUGUGGGCAGCAGAUGAUUCAGCUCCAGCACGCACACAUGCACACAUGCACACACGUGCACACAUGCACACACAAACACACUCACAGCUCUAACUGGAGUGUAAAUUCUACGAGCUGAAAUCACUGAAUCACAUCAGGACACGAUGUUUGGUUCUCGUCGGCCGUCAUUCUCUAAAACUGAAGUGACGUUUCUUAUUUUCUAAAGGCGUCUCGGGGAUAAAUUAACCCUGAUGUCACUUCCUGCAGCUGAGUCUGCUUUUAUUCAGCGCAGAGCUGUCGAACCUCAGAUUCAGAGUUUCCUCCUGAUGAUUGAAUCCAUAAAAGUUAUUUUAAAGCUGUUAUAGUUUCACGCUCUCAGCUGUCGUCGACGUCAAAAAAUGAUCGGAGAAAACUUCCUGAACUUUAUUCUGCUUUUUAAAAAAUCACAGACGGAUUUUUCUUGAUUUUAAAAAACAAGGAGGCUUUUAUUUUGAAAAACAGUUUCUCAAACAAAAAGAAAGUGAGGUCAAAGUCCCAGUUCAUAUAACCCUGUAACAGGAUCCCAGUUUAAACCAGUUCAGUCCCAGUGGAAGAUUUACAGCCGACAGGUUUUUCUCUGCAGGGAGAAAGGGCUGAUGGGAAAUGUGGUUCUGAUUAGCAAAAACAUGAGUGCUGAUCAUAAACUGAUGCUAUAAACUACAGCUCAACUACAGGUCCAGUCAGGACACUGUGUGUGUGUGUGUGUGUGUGUGUGUGUGUGAUAUAAUGACUGAUUCAGAUCUCGCUCCUUCAUACUCUCCACAUGUCCUGCGCCGCUCUCUGAUAGAUGAUCCUCGUCUGUCAGCGCUCAAACCCGCUGCAGCUGCGAACGCGCCAUGAUGUCACGCAGGACGCCGUCUAUCUGCUCGCCAUCUCCGUCACCUCCUCCUCAUGA